AUGGACGCCCAAGCGUGUGCUCCUAACGCUGAAAGUACAGAAAGUGGUGUCUCUGAGGAACUUGCUAUUUUAGAAUCCAUUUACAUCAAUGAGCUAAAUGUAGAAAAAGAUGACCAAGAUGCUGUGAAAUGUAUAACAUGCAAGCUCCAUCCAUCCACUGGUGAUGACGUCCAUAAACAAUAUGUUUGCCUCACUUUGGUGCUGUCAUUGCCCAACACUUACCCUCAAGAUGUGCCUGAUAUUACCAUCAAAAACCCGCGUGGCCUUGGUGAAGAGGAACUAAACAGCCUAAAAACCACAUUGAGGGAUGUUGCUGAUGAAAGAAAAGGUGGACCUAUGCUCUAUGAGUUACUUGAACUUGCCAAAGAAAGCCUCACUGAAGGUAACAUCCCUCGGCAGCCAUGUGUAAUUUGUCAGCAGCACUUUGAAGAGGGUGAGAGCUUUACUCGCACUGAGUGUUACCAUUACUUUCAUUGUCAUUGCUUGGGAAGAUACGUGCAACACUGCUUGAAUGAAGUGACAGAAGUGAGUGGAGAUUCCCAAGCAGCUGUUGCAUCUCAACCGCUGCAAAACGGCUGUGAUGAGCCAAACAAAGAUAUUGUGUGCCCUGUAUGCCGAGAAAAUAUCUCUUAUGACUUAGACUCUUGGCUUGGAGCUCCAGAACCCUGCAAAGACAACAGUGCAUUUAAGUUGUCAGACGAUUUGGUUCUUCAGCAAAAACAAAUGGCGGCCUUACUAGAGAAACAACGAGUCAAGGGUGGCUUGAUUGAUCUCGAAGCUGAGCGAAAUAAAUACCUCAUAUCUGCUGGUGAAUGCAUAACUACUGGUACGAAAGAAAACUCAUCUGAAGAAACACUUCCUGUCACUGAGAACGUCCAGUCUGAUGAUCAAGAUACCAAGGAUAAAAAGUCCGACCACUCUGAUAAAUCUGCAUCUCCAUUGCCGUCUGAGCAGAACCUUGAAACUAACGACCACAAAGCCAACAAUUACCGAGAUGACCGUGAACGAAGUCGUCCUCAGUCAGGUUCAGGCCCGUCACAGCGCUCCUCACGUAACCAGGGUAAAAAAGGUGGAAGAGGAGGAGGAAGCGGUGGUGGUGGUGGUGGUGAAAAUAAGGGCAAGAAUUCUCGCAACAAAGAAAAUUUGCAAAACCAACAGCCACGAAAUAGUGGCAAACGUAAUCGAAUUGAACAGGGCAACUAUCACCAGGACCCGUCACAUGUAAAUCCCAAACGUGAUCCUGCUCCCAAGAAGGGUGGGGACAAAAUGACUGCUCAGCUGCCACGCGAUAACAACCCAAGGGACUAUGAAUCCAGGCAGCCGCAGCAGUCAUCCUACCAACACCAUGGUGGCCGUAAUGGUGACAGGGGCCACGGCCGAUCUUCCAGGUUCAGAGGUGGUGGUGGUGGAGGAGGACGGAAUUAUCAUGAUGAACAUGUAUAUGAAUCCAAUCAAAAUCACUACAAUAAUCGUCCGAAGUAUAAUCGAAAUGACAGGUACGAUAAGUAUGGGGGCCAGGAUGAUCACCCGCGGAAAAAUGACAAUGGUGGCCGGGGUCGCGGCCGAGGUGGCAGUGCCCGUGGGCGUGGGGCCAGAGGAAACAGUAAUGGGUAUCGAAAUGGUGGUAUGGGAGACGACAAAGAUUAUUAUCAUGGAGAAGCUCAGGAAAAGGUUGUGAGGCGAAUCUCCGACAAAAGAGACAGUGCAAAUCGUAACGAGAUGACUGCCGAGUACGGAUCGCACGGCAGCCAUACCAAGUACUGCAACUCUCAGGAAGCCCCAUUCAAAGAGCAACAAUACCAACGACAGUUUUCUGCAAAGAAGGGAUCCACUGCUGCAUCUGCACAGCAGGGUGACACCUAUGACUAUGCUGACACUGAAGAUAGCAGCGGCUACCAAAAUAGUCGAUAUAAUAAUAACAAUAAUAAUCUGCGCUACCAGCGCAACAAUUCUUAUAAUAACGAAGGCUACUACCAGAAGCCAUUGGACCACUACCAUGCCAACAAGGAUAAUAACUCUGCCAAGAAUAACAGAUCGAAGACAUUCCAUCGUAGAAGAGAGUAUGCUGAUAAUUCAGAUCAGUUUGGCAAAAAUAGCAAGCCCUUCCAUCAUCACAAUAACCCUCAGAGCCAGCACAUGGCUGCUGAAAACAAUGGCUAUUACCAAAACAGCGAGAACAGGAUGAACUCUUCUGGCCGCAAAGCCCAUCAGCAGGAUCAUCAUUUCCCUCAUCGUAAUCGUGAUCGUAAAAAGACUGAGCCCAACCAUUACCAUGAUGCAGAGAGAACGCCACCAAGCCGUGGCAGAGGUAACUCAAUGGGCGGUGGAGGCGGUGGCUAUGCACGACAACGCCAGAAUAGUGGUGGCAACAAUUACAACCGGUCGUAUGGAGGGCAGAGGGACAAGGUUCCGAGGACUCCCCCUGGAUUUCAUUCCCAGGGUCGCAAGGCUGUGCAACCUCCGCCUGGAUUUGACUCAUUGCAAUCAAUUUGA